CUACCGCCGCCGCCGCUGCCGCCGCUGUCACCAUCGCUGCCGCCGCCGUCCCGGUGUUCAAGCAGCGCCGCGGCGGUUCCUCUAUUGAUCGAAUUUGACCUGCGAAGUUUCCCCUAGCGCGUGUGUGCAGUAUAGUGGCAGCCGGCAGUGACUCUCUUGCGUUUAAGUUUUUGAGUCCCGUGAUACGAUUAAAUAAUCGUGAAUAGCCUCGGUAUGGCCGUGCCAACGGCUUGCACGCGAUUCAGUGACAACUACGAUUUGAAGGAGGAAUUGGGCAAAGGUGCCUUCUCUGUGGUCCGACGAUGCGUGCAAAAGAGCACCGGUCAUGAGUUUGCUGCAAAAAUCAUAAACACUAAAAAGCUCUCGAAUAGAGAUUUUCAAAAACUUGAGCGUGAGGCGCGAAUAUGUAGAAAACUGCAACAUCCAAAUAUUGUGAGAUUGCACGAUAGUAUACAAGAAGAGAAUUUCCAUUAUCUUGUCUUUGAUCUAGUCACCGGCGGGGAACUAUUCGAGGACAUCGUCGCCCGGGAAUUCUACAGCGAGGCCGACGCCUCGCACUGUAUUCAACAAAUCUUGGAAAGCGUUCACCACUGCCAUCAUAACGGAGUCGUGCACCGAGAUCUAAAACCCGAAAAUUUACUUCUCGCGAGCAAAGCAAAAGGGGCGGCUGUGAAAUUAGCGGACUUUGGUCUGGCGAUUGAGGUACAGGGUGAAGCACAAGCAUGGUAUGGUUUUGCUGGAACACCUGGUUACCUCAGUCCGGAAGUGCUAAAGAAGGAACCAUAUGGGAAAGCAGUUGAUAUAUGGGCGUGCGGUGUUAUCCUGUAUAUUCUUCUUGUUGGCUAUCCGCCGUUUUGGGACGAGGAUCAACAUCGACUUUACGGGCAGAUCAAGGCCGGAUCGUACGAUUAUCCGAGUCCAGAAUGGGACACCGUCACGCCAGAAGCCAAGAAUCUUAUCAAUCAGAUGCUGACAGUGAAUCCAGGAAAAAGGAUUACUGCCAGCGAGGCAUUGAAGCAUCCAUGGAUUUGCCAACGUGAGCGUGUUGCAUCUGUGGUGCACAGACAAGAGACCGUGGACUGCUUGAAGAAAUUCAAUGCAAGGCGCAAGUUAAAGGGCGCUAUAUUGACGACUAUGCUGGCAACGCGAAAUUUUUCCAGUAAGUAUGAUGCACAGGGUCGAAGCAUCAUCACGAAGAAGGGCGAUGGCUCUCAAGUAAAGGAAUCCACUGAUAGCAGCACAACGAUCGAAGACGAUGACAUUAAAGAGGAUAAGAAGGGCGGCGUCGACCGGAGCAGCACGGUCAUUGCCAAAGAACCUGAAGCUGACAACGCAGGAGACGAUAACAACAGCAGUAGCAGUAAUAACAGCCAAAAUAGCCAGGGUGGCGCAUCGCUAUCGUCGCCGCCCAGUAUCAACAGCAAGAACGAGCCGAUGGCACAGCGACGCGAGGAUUCCUUGGCCAUCGAACAGAAAACGCGACGGACGAGCGAUGACGGCCAAUAUGCAUUCCGGAUGGGUCACAUCGUGAACGAGGAAUUCGCGCGCCGUCAGGAAAUCAUCAAGAUGACUGAGCAGUUGAUUGAGAGCAUCAACACCGGGGAUUUCGAAGCGUACACGAAAAUCUGUGAUCCACACCUGACCGCAUUCGAACCGGAAGCUCUAGGUAAUUUAGUCGAGGGAAUGGAUUUCCACAAAUUUUAUUUUGAUAAUGCAGUCCUGGGGAAAAACUGUAAAGCUGUCAAUACAACCAUCUUGAAUCCUCACGUCCAUCUACUGGGCGAAGAUGCCGCUUGCAUUGCGUAUGUCAGGCUGACGCAGUACAUGGACAAACAAGGCGUAGCACAUACUCAGCAAAGCGAGGAGAGCCGUGUAUGGCACAAGAGAGACAGCAAGUGGCAGAAUGUGCAUUUUCACCGAAGCGCAGUGACGGGUCCAUCGCCGUUCUCCUUCAACCACAAAUAAAUCGGUUAAGAGGACUAUUCCUGCUGCCGCUCUCGGUGGACGCUUUUUGUCACCAUAGAAAGCGAAUUAAUGAACGUUAGGAAUACGGAGCACACAACAUAUUCGAGCGUUCUCAUACACAUAUACAUACACACGCGCGCGCGCGCACGCAUAUAGAUACACAUGGGCAUACAUAUACACAAAGAGAGAUGUGUAUAUGAAAGAAAGUUACAUAUAUAACAAACAACGAUAUGUAACAUUUGAGAAAGAGAAUGAUAUGCAUAUAAGAACACACAUACACAACAUACAUACUUAAAAGUAGUACUAAGCGCGACAAAAACCGAAGCCGCAAUAUAUGUCGUAACUAUCGGCAUAUAUUACACGCUCCAGUACCUGCUCAGCGCACUUAUUAUCUACUUAUCUACAUUUAUGCGUGCACUGCGCUACGUGUGCCUCAAAGCCUUGAGAAAAACUACACGCAAAAGCGAGAUCAUUGAAAACGCAAGAAAGAGCGGAGUCGAUCGAUUGAUUGUCUAAUGAAAUCGUAAGGUAAAUAGACAUACUUUUCGGCUGUCGUCUGACAAGAUUCGCGACAGAGAGAGAGAGAGAGAGAGAGAGAGAGAGAGAGAGAGAGAGAGAGAGAGUGAGAGAGGGAAAGAAAAGAGGAAAAUUUCGUUGUAGAUGUGCUCGCGUAUAUCCGAUCGUUUAUGCCGCGGCGUCUUAACGUCUGUUUUUUUGUAACGACGAAUUUUUCUUUGAUUCUCGAAGACAAAAUUGUUUUGUUGAGAUCGAGCAAAAUUCGACGGUUAUUGUGUAUGUAUCAUUGAUAAAUAUUGAGAAAGCAAAUAGAUCUUAAUGAAGUAUGAUGUCGGAUAAAGCGUUACGCGAGAUUACUAGAAGAUAAUGAAAUCGCGAACACAAUCAAGCACUUGCAUCGAUAACACACAUCGAUUUGUGAUAGGCGAUGACGUCGUACAUCGAAUCGAUGGAGACCGAUUACGAAGCUGACAAAAUGGAGCGUCAUGAAAGUCACGAAAUUACAUUUAACUCUUACUUAUUGGAACAUCCAAGUUUCACGACUAAUCGGCAAGAUUGGAAGCUAGUCCGAAUAUUGAAAACCGAAACCAUAAUGUAGAUAACGAAAAAUCAUCCUACAUCGACGCAGAAGAAAACGUGAUACAAUUGAGAAACUAUUUUAAUAAACAAAAUUAGAUAAGACGAGAUAAUCAUCGAGCACUUUUAUGUAUUUCGCGGCCAACUCAUAAUGCAAAUAUUUUCGGCAAGACUAUUCAAUAGAAAAUGAGAUAUUAUAUAAUAUUUCUUACUAUAGUAAGAAAGCUGUUGAAACAGAUUGUAAACGAAGAGCAUAGCAAGAGGAAAUUUGGUAAAGAUAGGAUUAACUUGGAUCAAUUCUAUAGGCAUUAAUGAACUCAGCGACAGUCAUGACAGAACGAAAACGAAUGGAAGGAGUGUGAGAAGGCAUCGAAAUGCCGGCGCAGAAGACAAAAUGAGAAAGGAAACACAGGUGCGACGUAGUGUACAAAGGCAGCGGAGGGGAAUCGCGGUUGAGAAGCUCAUGACGAGCGACCAGGAGUAAAGAUGUCGUUACGUCACCGCGCCGUGUUGACACAACGCAGCAAAGAUUCUUCCAGGCAAUUUCUUUUUUCGAUUUAAGCUCUUGUCUUUCGUAGCGAAAGCAAUGAGCUACAUCUAUGCACAUGUAUACGCUUGUAUACAAGUAAAAAAUAUCAUCGCUCCUGCAGCGAGAUAGAAAACAUCGAUUAAUUUUGGGGAGUUAUAUAGUUCUUAUCAUUAACGAUAAAAUUUAACAAAGUUAAAAUUUUCGAGUUAUGUUUGCGUGGCGUAUACUUUCGAUGUUUUCUAUACUCUUGAUCUCUUCAAGCAAAUAUUUUGAAUAUAAAAGCAUUUUGUAAUAGAAUAUUGAAAUUGCGACAUAUAAUUUAGAAAGAAAAAAAAGUAGAGAUACAGUGCGAGAAAAUGUAUCGGCCACGUGGAUAAACUAAAUAUCUCUUAUGGGAAAAUUUUACCUAAUAAUGCGCAAGAAAGUCCUUCGAGCUUCGUAUUUAAUCUAUGUAGUGUAAGUUUGAGGUAUAUGAUGAGCUUCUACGAUUAAUUCUACGUUUUUAUCACGACUAGCAACAUACGUGAUAUUCUAUAUACGACCAUCACCGCAAACAACUACGAUUUGAUAUCAAAUCUUUCAUAAUGUUUUUAAAUAGCGAAUAUUAUUAUAAUCAUAAAUAAUAAAUUUAUAACCGGCUUAUUGAGAGGCGCGGUUGCGAUAUACAAUAGAUUAUAUCUCGCUGCGGGAAAUAUACUUCCGCCACGCGCGCGCGCACGCACACACGUAGACACACGCAUAUAUACACAUAUAUAGACAUACACACACACACACGCAUACACAUAUCGAUGCGAAUACCAAUUGCAAAAUACAUAACGCGCAAUUGCCUAGAGAGAGCGAUCGUGAGUUUAACAUUUUUAUUUCAUUGUCAAAUUGGUAAAAUUUAGUGAUUGAUGUACUCACACAUUUAGCUAUUUUGAAGAAUGAACGCUGCCGCCAACUCAUAUGAUGGACCGAUACACAAAAA